GGUUUUCAGCCAGUAACUCAGAUUUUGCAGGAUUUCCCACAAAGAUCACUUCAUCUAUAUAUAUACCUACUAACCGAUCCGUUGAUCACAAACAACUCCAGCAUUCACAUCCCCUGCAGAUAUCUUUUCCAUAAGCAACAAUCUUCUGAGCUACUAUCAGAAAUUCUUUUCCCAUCAAGAAACUAUAAAAUGGGUGUUCGCUUGCCUAGUGUUCUUGCUAAGCAAAUUUUCCGCCAGUCUGCAUUUGUAGCCAGUAAAGCAUCUUCAGCUUCUUUGGACGUCCCAAAAGGAUUCAUAGCAGUUUAUAUUGGUGAUGCCCAAAAAAAGAGAUUUCUGGUGCCUAUAUCCUACUUGAAUCAUUCUUCAUUCCGAGAUUUGCUUAGCAUCGCCGAAGAGGAGUUCGGUUUCGAUCAUCCAAUGGGUGGCUUGACAAUUCCCUGCAGAGAAGAUACUUUCAAUGAUGUCAUUUCCAGCUUGAGUAGAUUAUGAGAGAAAAGAACUCAAAUUAACAGCAAGAGCAAAUCUUGUAGGACAGGAAUUGCCAAUUCCAUGUAAAUAUGUAACAUUAUUGGAUUAAACAAUUUUGCCUAAUGAGAAGAAUUAUUCUAUAA